GUAAAGUAAACCAACUCCUUUCACAUCAAAUAUUGCUCCAAAAUGCACAUAAAUCAAUGGGAAUUAUAUGAACAUCAAAGUUUUGAGCCUUACAACAUAGUCACUCCUCUAGAAGCUAUUAUUCAUGAAUCAAAUGCAAAUGAAACUUAUUAUUAUCAUCAUAAUAUUGACAUUCCUAUUUGGAACAAUGAAUUUUGCAUGACAACAAAAACAGACUCACCUUUUUUGCUUUGUCAAGCCUCUAAAGAUCAACCUACAACCUCAUUUCAACUGGGUCUUGAAUCUUUAAUGUGUAGCAGUGAUGAUGAAGAUAGUAUUUCUUCUGAAAAGUGUAGUAAAUUUCCCAAGCCAAUUUGUGAGCAGUCCCGGUCUCCACAACAACAUAAGAAGUUGGUGGAGACUGAUUCUGCCCCAAAUCAAAAGUCCCUUGAAAUUUCCUUUGAGAGAUAUCAGUUGGAAUCAUUUACAAAUCAAGACAAGAAAUCUUCACCUUAUGGCUUUGAUUUUGCAACAUCUACCAACUUUGACUCAAAGAUAACUUCAAAGGGUAAAAGAAGAUUAAGAUGGACAAAAGAAUUGCAUGAGCCAUUUAUUAUGACAGUCAACCAGCUUGGUGGUCCAGAAAAGGCAAAGCCUAAGGCUAUACUACAGAUGAUGGGUUUGGAUCAUAUGCUCACAAUUUCUCAUGUUAAAAGUCAUUUGCAGAAAUAUCGUUCUACAUUACACACUCACAAAGCUUUGAAAGGAACAUCUGAGGAAAGGAAGAGAACAGAUGGGAUUAAUGAGCUUCAAGUCAAAAUCCAAAGGCAAAUAGCGGAAUCACAACAAUUGCAACUUGAGGUUGAAAGGAGCAAUCAACGACAAUUGGAGAUGCAGCGAAAUUUGCAACUGGUAAUUGAACAGCAAAGGAAGCAACUCAAAUUAAUGUUAUAUCAACAAAAGCAAAGAAAGCAACUCAAAGUAUAUCGAUCGAUUCUAGGGUCAAGCAAUGAUUAUUGAGAUGGAUGCGCAAAUAGUUGUGAAAUCUUUGUAGACGAAAUCGUACCCUAGGGAUUACUGGGCUAAACCAAGUGUUUGUGUCUUUGGUGGAAAUUUUCUCAUCCCACCCACUCACUUUCUCACUUUCUCACUUACUCCCCUAGCGUGCAACAAAAAUUCGGAAAAUACGUUCUGAACAUUUUUUUUAGUGUAAAAUUUACACUAUAAAAAGUUCGGAAAACAUUUUCCGAAUUACUAGGAGAUAGGGGAGAAAGUGAGUGGGUAGGAUGAGAAAAAUUCUCUUUGGUGGGGCGGGUUGGUAACAGGGUUGGCCAUAAUAUAGCCAAAUGGGCUUUGUAUGUACCAAAUAAGGAGUGGUUGUCAUAUGUAUCCCCUCAGAUAGCUCUUCAUAUCCAAAAUGAUGUGAGGAGUAAUUGAGCUGUUUUUUUUUUUGGUAAUAAUAUUUCAUUUGUCAAAAAAAAAAUAAU